GCAGUGUGUGGGUGUGGUUUGCUUCAUGAAGUCUCUGUUUAAGGAAGUGUUGUUGCAGACUAACUUCACUUCCUCAGCUCAGCAGCAGACCAGCUCUUCCUAACUAACUAUGGUCAGCAAAUUUGCCCUGCUGAAUGUGUUCCUGCGACUUUGGCUGCUUGGGAGUGCGGUCGUCUUUCAACCAGGAUGUUGUGGGUUAGAUCCCAGCCCGUGCCGUCAACAUGUCGACGAUUCCUCGGUCUGUCCGUCUCAACAUUCUACAAACUGCCACAACACAUACUCGGGCGAUACAUACUACCACAAUGAUAAGGCUGUCCGGAUUGUGAUCGUUGGGAAAACUGGAUCUGGGAAGAGCACCACAGGAAACACCAUUCUGGGAAAAGAGCACUUUAAAUCAAAGUUUUCUUCUAAAUCUCUGACUAAAGACUGUGCUAAGGCCUUUGGGGAAGUGGAUGGACAAAAGGUUGCUGUCAUUGACACUCCAGGUCUGUUUGACACCAGCACUGAUGAAGAGAAGACCAGAAAAUAUAUUGUUCAGAGCAUUGUUUUUGCUGCUCCUGGACCUCAUGUCUUCUUGGUCGUCAUCAGACUGGGUAGAUUCACAGAUGAAGAAAAGCAGUCAGUGCAGAAGAUUCAGGAAAUCUUUGGAAAGGAAGCAGACAGAUACAGCAUGGUUCUCUUUACUCACGGUGACCUGCUCGAAGACCAAACUAUCGAAGAGUUCGUGAAGGAAAGCGAAGAUCUGCAGGAACUUGUGGACAGAUGUAACGGCCAGUACCACGUCUUCAAUAAUAAGGUGAAGGAUCGUUCUCAGGUCAAAGAGCUGCUCGACAAGAUCAGUUAUAUAACAGAGAAGAACGGAGGAAGCCAUUACACCAAUGAAAUGUUCCAGGAGGCAGAGAGGGCCAUAGAAGAGGAAAAAGGGAGAAUUCUUAAAGAGAGAAAAGAGGAAAUACGCAAACAGCAGGAGGACCAGGAGAAGAAAAUAUCAGAAAAGUAUGAGCAACAACUCCGGGAAGCAAAGGCAGAAGGGGAGAAGUUCAACAGGAUUAUAGCAACUCAGGAAAAAGAAAAGCAGGGGGCAAGGAAACAACUGGAAGAGAUGCAGGAAAGAAUCGCUAGAAACGAAGCUGAGAGAAGCACUUCAAUUUUCGAACAGUUUUUUGAAUUUAUUGUGAAAGUGGUGAAACAAGUGUUUUCUUAAAUAAACAUUUGGUUCGGUUUUCAUGGUUUACAAUCUCGUAAAAGUGCAGAAUAAUAUGUACACAUGCACAUUUGCCAUCAUGUCAUGAACAUAAACUAAGAGCAAAAAAUCCAAAGAGCUAGCUGGACUCUCUACAUGCAUUUUAUAUUGGUGGCUUUUAAAAGAACAGGUGGCCUUUCUUGUAAAUGCUGAUGAGAGGGUGAACUGGGUUUGCUGUUUAUAGUUCUCUAAUGGCGCAUUUCCACUGCAGCGGGUAGCCCCGUUUAAGCGUCCUUAACCGUCCUCAAGCGGCCAGGCCAGUUUUUGGUGGCCUUUCCAUAUAGCCUAGUACCGGCUAGCGGGUACUUUUUC